CAUUCCUUUUGAUAGACGCUACCACUCCGUCAGUCUUUAGCCACUUGGAAACUCCAGGACGCAUCCAUGAAAAGCACCCAGUGAUGUCCACAAUGAUGAGCCGACUGCUUCCAAUUCUUAUGGCCUCUGUGACAGUGCUGGAGCUAUCUGUGCGGGCCCUUGGUGGGGUCACUAACACCUGGCAGCAUGCAGCUGCAGUGCCCCUAGUGGUGGAGCGUAGAACUGUGCCACUCAACCAGCCUGACUUCCAGGCCACCCUCAACCUGACCCUCAGGUUAAGCCACCCAGAGAGGCCCCUCUGUGGGAUACAGUGUCAGUGGAGACUCCCUAAGCCCAGCCGCAGCCAGCUGGAGAGCGCUCUGGCCUACGAGACAGUCUACGCCAACGGAAGCCGCACGCUGACUGAGAUCCGCCUGCGAGGCAUUGAAGGCGACAUCAUCAAUCCCCAAUCAUCUGCCUCAUCAUCACCACCAUACGCAUGGUCACCGCGGCACCACGGCAUCAUUGCUGACACGGAGGCUCCCCUGUCCAACAGCACCGAAUCAGUCCACACGCAUUUACCCCGGCGGCCACAACGACAGCGGAGGCAGGUGUUUGGUGCCGACGAGCGCUUUUUCAUCUCGGAGCGGCGUUUCACGGCCAGCUUCCCCUUCUCGGCGUCGGUCAGGCUGUCCAGCGGCUGCUCGGGCAUCCUGGUGGCGCCCCGGCACGUGCUGACCGCCGCCCACUGUGUCCACGACGGACAGGACUACCUGCAGGAGAGCAAGGGCCUGCGGGUAGGGGUGAUGAGGUCACGGCGGGUGACACGCAAUGGGACAGGCGGGCAGAUUCGGGGAGGAGGAGGAGUAGGAAGAAAAGGAGGAGGAGCAGGAGAAAAAGGAGAGAGAGGUGAGGAAAUGGACGGGACUCAAGGAAGGCCCAAGGACCUGCGGGUAGGGGUGAUGAGGUCACGGGUGACACAUAACAACGGGACAGGCGGGCAGAGGAGAGGAGGAGGAGCAGGAGAAAAAGGAGAGAGAGGAGAGGAAAUGGACGGGACUCAAGGAAGGCCCAAUGUUGUUGCACAGUCUGCUGAGAAAAGAAGAGUGCAAAAGAAAGGAAGAGGGAAGUGGAGGAGAGUUCGCCGCGCGACUGCAUCCGCUCCUCCGGGCACAUCAGAUCCUGCAGACCCAGACAAGGUGUCCUUCCGCUGGGCGCGCGUCAAGCAGAUCCACAUCCCCCGCGGCUGGAUGAAAGCCGUUGGCCACCAGCUCGCGGCUGACUACGACUACGCCCUGCUGGAGCUGCGGCGGAGGCCUCCGGGCGCCACGCCCAUGGAGCUGGGUCUACUGGGGGCCCACCAUGUGACACACGCCGUGCCCGCCGCACGCAUUCAUUUCACGGGCUUCGACCAGGACCAGCCGGGCAAGGCCGUGUACCGCUUCUGCCACGUCAGCCAGGAGUCCAGCGACCUGCUGUCCCAGCAGUGUGACGCCCGGGCCGGAGCCAGCGGGGCCGGGGUAUACGUGCGGCUGUGGGAGGCCUCACGGGAAGGCCCUGAUGGGGAUGGGGAUGGGGGGAGGAGAGGAAGGAAGGGCAGGGUGGGGGUCAGGGGGAAGUGGACGCGGAAGGUGAUAGGCGUUUUCUCUGGACACCAGUGGGUGACAGACAAUGACGGUGCCCAGAGGGACUACAACGUGGCGGUGCGCAUCACGCCGGCCAAAUACGCGCAGAUCUGCCACUGGAUACACGCUGACCCCAUACACUGUCAGGGGCCCUGAGGCAGCCCCGCCAUGAGCAUGGUGCAUCAGCAGGUUUACAGUUGCCUCAUGAGACAAUGAAGAAACUUGGCAAACUUGGUGUUCAAUCCCUUUCUUUCUUUUCUCUUUUUCCUCCUUUUUCUUAUUCUUAACAUGCUGUGCAGUCUCCAGCCAGCAUGUGAGAUGAGGAUCAGGAUGUAAAUUUGAA